GGAGGGUAACGUGACGUGGCGAACUGGCGGGGAUGCAAGUCUAAGGCGUAGCGGAGGCCGUGUGUGUUCCCUUGGCGAUGGGUCUGUGUGUAUAAGGUAUAAUUGGAAGUGUGCAGAACGGGUGCGAGGGUGUCCUGGAAGAAUGUGUAUGAUGUAUGUGAGUAUGUAUGUGAGUAUGUAUGUGAGUAUGUAUGUACAAAAGUAUCUGUGUGAGAACGGAACGAUCCAGCAGCAACGGCAGACAAACAGCGUGUCUGCCUCCCCCAGCAGGCACACAGAGCAACAACAAUGCCAUCCAACAGCCAACACCCAACUUCUACCACCACUCUGCCACAGCGCCCGACCCAACCACCUCUCCCUCCCUCUCCUCUCCCUCUCCCUCUCUCCCCUCACACCCGAGAAAAACGAGCCGCGGACUUUUUCCUGACUUCUCUGCCCUAUCUCGCUAUCUUCUGCCGCCGCCCCCGGCCCGUCG